CCCUUUAAGAAACGCGUUUACUUCCUGCUCCUGCAUGUCAGAGCAAGCGCAGCAAGCAACGUUAAAUUGAACGUUUUGAAAUACGCAAAGAUACUGAGUGUAUAAAAAAAAAUAUACCCGGAGCGUGUCGCAGAGAUAUUUAAACUCGAAUUUGGUUGUAAUAUGAGCAAGGAUUAUGGCAGGAAGGAAAAGAAAGGUCCGAGAUUUGGUAGCGGCUGCGGCUACAGAUAAAGAGGCUGGAUUGACGUUGCGUAAAGAUCAGACUGAACCGAUUUGUGGAGCUUCUCCUGUCAAGCUGAAGAGUCAGCCAGGUCCGUGUGACUCUGUUCAAAGCCAUUAUUUCAACAACAGCGAGCCUGAUCAACGCAGACUGGAGCAGGAGUUUUUCAAUCAGCCUUGCAUCUGUUUGGCCAAAGCCUUUCUCGGCAAGGUGCUGGUCCGCCGGUGUGCAGAUGGCUCUGAGCUACGAGGGAGAAUAGUGGAAACUGAAGCCUAUCUUGGCGGGGAGGACAAAGCCUCACACUCAGCUGGGGGAAAACGCACUGAGAGGAACACGGCCAUGUUCAUGAAGCCGGGCACAAUCUAUGUGUAUCCAAUCUAUGGGAUCUACCUCUGCAUGAAUGUGUCCAGCGAAGGGGAGGGCGCUGCCGUGCUGCUGCGCUCUCUGGAGCCCCUGCAGGGCCAGUCUGCGAUGAGGGAGCAUCGAGCGGCGAGACGCAAAGAGGGAGCCCGUCAACUGAAGGACAAAGAGCUCUGCAACGGGCCGUCAAAGCUGUGCCAGGCUCUAAAUAUACCCCGCUGUUUUGACCGUAGAGACUUGGCCUCUGACCCGGAGGUGUGGCUGGAGGCCGAUCCGGACACAAGUCCCCCGAAACCCCAGGAUAUAGUUUCAGCUCCGCGCAUCGGCAUCGAGUCCCAUGGGGAAUGGGCCAAGAAACCAUGGCGCUUUUAUCUCCGUGGGCACCCCUGUGUUAGUGUUGUGAAUAAAGAGGCAGAGAGACGGUCUCUGUCUGGAAACGCAACAGACAGUUCAGAUCCAUGAGAUGUCCGGAGAACCUAAAGAGGAACUGGGGAGCUUUUUUUUUUUUUUUUUUUAGCUAGUUUUCUGUGUUCCCUUUUUAAUGUGAACAAUUUAGAGACAGUAAAAUCUUGUACACUUUGUCCUGCAUAGAUGAUACAUCCUACAUUAAAAUAAUUUUUGUCA